AGAAAAAGUAAGAUGUCUGCGCCCAUGAUGUGGCAUGAAUGAGGAGGUUCAGAGUGUAACAGAGCAUACCAGGUUGUAGCAAAAUUGAAUCCAAGAUGAAUCAAUGAUGCAAUCUGGAUAAGAAUAUAACAUCAGCUAUACCAUAUCAGCUUAGAACACAAAGAUGAGUUGUAAAGAACAACAAGAGGAGGAACUGGAGGUAUUACAUUCCAUCUAUGAAGGGGAUGAAGCAUUUAAGGAAGUGAGCCCUACAACAUUUCAGUACAAGUAUGGAGAGGAAGGCAGCUACAAGACGUUUAAUGUAGAGAUUGUUUGGGAUGAUAAUUAUCCUGAGGAGAGUCCCACCAUCAACCUGGACACAUUCUACAACAAACACAUACUUAAUGGAGUGAAAGAAAAAAUCCUUAGUGGCCUUCAGGAACAGGUACCAGAUCUACUGGAGUGUGCCAUGACCUUCACAUUAUUUGAAUGGGUCAAAGAGAACUAUGAGGACCUGGUAGCCGACCAACCAGAUUCUCCCUGCAAUACACAGAGUGAAGACAGAUCUGAAUCUAAUGGUAAUGUAAUGGAGCAGUCCAAAAAGAAAGAAAGGAAAGAACAAUUCACUAAAAACCAAAAGCGCAGAAUGUAUGAAAAACUGAACUCCCAGGGAGACCUUCCACGAGGCCACGAUUGGAUGGAUAUCAUCCGUCAUCUCAGUCAAACAGGGGGCUCCUUCAAGGAUUAGAAAUUAUCAUGACAACAACAUUAAUAGUUAACGACUAGAGACUAAUCACAAGGACUAGUGAUUACUUGGCAACAUGGGGCAAGGUUGACAAGUGGAGACCUCAAGUACUAGAGGUCCCAAGAGUGGAGGGGUCAAGGUCACCUUCAUUUAUAUCUAUUUAUAAAAAUGCUAAUCUGAAUUAAAACUGUUGGUACUUCACCAAGAUCAUCUGGUUUGGUGGUACUUCACCAAGGUCAUCUGGUUUGGUGGUACUUUCAACAAGGUCAUCUGGACAGGUGGUAUGAUCACCAAGGUCAUCUGUACUGGUGGUACUUUCACCAAGGUCAUCUUGACUGGUGCUGCCAUCACCAAGGUCAUAUGGACUAGUGUCAUUUGAUCUGAUGUAACCUUGCCAUAGUCAUUUGAUCUGCAUGAUAACAUUUCAAGUGUCAGCUUUUCCCGAAUGAGAAUCAGGAUUCCUUACUUUAUAGAAUAAUGGAUGGCUCCAUUCACUUAACUCUAAAUAUCUAUUUGGUUUAUACACAAGGAAGAGUAUUUUAUACUAUUUAUGCUUAAAUGUUAGUAAUUGACUAAAACAUCAACUGGAAAGUUAAACUGUUAACAGUAUAAUGUUUAUUCUGUUUGAGUUAGGUAAGUACAUGAUGCUUUGAUAUUCAGUAGAACUAAUAUUGGUACAUAAUAGAAUGUAGUAAAAUUAAAUUUACGGUAAAAGGUGCCAAUCUAUUUUUUUACACAUUCACAUGUAUAUUGGUAGUAUCCCUGUGGACAUAGUAAUAUCAAACUUAAUGCUUAUUUUGCAUUAAGGUGGAUCUACUGAAUUCAUAUCUAUUUUUGUGAUUUGAAAAGAAUGAAAAAAUAAAUUUCUCUGCUACUGAUAAGAAAGAAGAAACAGAUGGCAAUAUUCAAACCUUUGAAAUAAUGAACAGAUAGAUUAUUAUGAAAUAUUUCGUAAUAUGCCUUAAUGUUUUUCAUUUUGUAAUACCUGUAUAUGCACUAUAUGAAGGGCUUGCUCAUGUUAUACAGAAGGGUUACUGGGUUAAUACAUAACAGUGCUAUACACCAAUAAAACAGAAAUGCUC